AUGUGGACCACAACCUCCGGCUUACGGGGCAAGAAGCUCCAUCUUGCCAUCACCUUUACAUCCGUCGUUGGAUUCUCACUUUUCGGUUAUGAUCAGGGUUUGAUGUCUGGUAUCAUCUCCGGUGACCAAUUCACAAAAGAAUUCCCCCCUCUCCAUGGUGACUCCGAGCACGUCGCCGUCCUUCGUGGCGCGGUCACUGCCUGUUACGAACUUGGUUGUUUCUUCGGUGCUAUCUUCACUAUGAUCUACGGUCAACGCAUUGGCCGCACUCCUCUCCUGGUGACCGGUGGUCUCCUUAUGAUCCUCGGUACUGUUAUCUCUACUGCUGCAUUCGGCCCCCACUGGGGACUGGGCCAGUUCGUUGUUGGACGUGUCAUUUCCGGUCUUGGAAACGGCAUGGACACCGCUACUAUUCCCGUGUGGCAGUCUGAGUGUUCGCGCGCUCACAACCGUGGUUUCCUCGUCUGCUUCGAGGGUGCUAUCAUCGCCGUUGGUACCUUCAUCGCCUACUGGCUUGAUUUCGGUCUCUCUUAUGUCGACAGCUCUGUUCAGUGGCGGUUCCCCGUCGCCUUCCAGAUUCUGUUUGCUAUUCUCGUCACUGUUGGUGCUCUCAUGCUCCCCGAGUCGCCUCGUUGGUUCGUUAUGCAGGGUCAUGACCAGGAGGCCCUUCAAGUCCUCGCUCAGCUUAACGACAGUGAUAUCGAUGCGGAUGACGUGCUUGCCGAUUUCAACCUCAUGAAGGCUGAUCUUAAGGCUAUGCAGAGUGUUGAGGCUAGCAGCUGGGGUAUUCUCUUCACUGGUGGUAAGACUCAGAACUUCCAGCGUAUGAUGAUCGGUUGCUCUGGCCAGUUCUUCCAGCAAUUCACUGGUUGCAACGCCGCUAUCUACUACUCGACCCUGCUAUUCCAGCAGAACUUGCAUAUGACCGGCAAGCUUCCCUUGGUUCUAGGAGGUGUUUUCGCCACUGUCUACGCUCUGGCCACUAUUCCAUCCUUCUUCAUGAUUGAGAGGGUCGGUCGCCGUAACCUCUUCUUGAUUGGUUUCCUCGGCCAGGGUCUCAGUUUCAUUAUCACUAUGGGUUGCCUCAUCGACUCGAGCGCGCAGAGCGCUAAGGGUGCCAUUGUCGGUAUCUUCCUGUUUAUCUGCUUCUUCGCCUUUACUACGCUGCCUCUGCCCUGGAUCUACCCCCCGGAGAUCAACCCUCUCCGCACCCGUACCAAGGCCGCCUCCGCUUCCACCUGUGUGAACUGGAUCACCAACUUCGCCGUCGUCAUGUUCACUCCUGUGUUCUCCAACCAGUCCGACUGGGGUAUCUACCUAUUCUUCGCGCUUGUUAACUUCAUCGCCAUCCCCUUCGCCUGGUUCUUCUACUGUGAGACUGCCGGUCGUGAUCUCGAGGAAGUUGAUAUCAUCUUCGCCAAGGCCCACGUUGAGGGCAAGUGGCCCUACCAGGUCGCACAGCAGCUGCCUAAGCUCUCCAUUGCCGAGAUUACUCGGAUGCAAAAUGAUCUGGGUCUUGAUACCCCCGACCACCAGGUCAUCUCCGAAGCCGAGAAGGCUGAGACUGCCAUGAGCAGCGGCAGUGAGACCAAGCACGAAGAGUAA